GAGAGACCCCCAGGGCUGGGUGCUGUGCCAGGCAGUAGGGACCUGCUCUUGCUGUAGGAGUAAAGGCAGAGAGCUGAGACAGGGGAAGGAACAGAGCUGAGACAGGGGAAGGAACAGAGCUGAGACAGGGGAAGGAACAGAGCUGAGACAGGGGAAGGAACAGACCUGAGACAGGGGAAGGAACAGACCUGAGACAGGGGAAGAAACAGAGCUGAGACAGGGGAAGGCAGGGAGCUGAGACAGGGGAAGGCACAGAGCUGAGGGGGAAGGCAAUGCUCAGCCUCCCAGCAUCCUACAGUCUCUCUGGCUGCACUGGGGAAGCAGCAGCAGCAUCAUUCGCUGGAUUGCAUGGGAUUUAAACUCCUGCAGACCCCCAGGAUACAACUGCACCCCCCUUAUACCUGGAGCCCCUUUACUCUAUAUACCACCAUUAUACAGGGCAGCACCCCCAUUUCUCAUAUUUCCACAUUCUCAUCAGGGGACCCCACUCACCUACUUGCCCAAUCCGGGAGCCAAACUCAGGGCGCAAAGUGGGGGCCGCUCUUGUGUUUAACCCAUGGAUGUCCCCAGCUCCUGACAGCCCCGUAUUUGCCCAGGAAAACCCUCUAAACUUGCCAGCAAGGGGCAGGGGCAGCGCAAUCUGGGGCUGAAGUUUGCAGCUCGGAGGGGGGAGCGCUUGGGAGCGAUCAAACUUCAGCUGAUCCUGUCGGAUUUGGAGGCUCCGAGCUCUGAUCCAAAGGGGGAUGUGUAUAACCCACGGAACCAAGCUGAGAGUGUCACACACCUGCAGGGAGAUUGGGCUCACCGAACCCAGGAGCUAGAACCUCAGCCUCUCCCGUAUUGCCUUCUGCCACCGGGGAAUAGUCGCCAUGAAAGCGCUUAGACUGCUCGCUUGCGUCCUGCUGCUGCUGGUCUGCGCCGCCGGGGGCAGUCAGCGAAGCGGCAGGAAGAAGGCGGCGUCGGAAGUCGCAUCGAGCAACAGACAGAAAACAAAAGAGAAGACAUCGGCGGCCACAUCAGCCAGCAGAGACUGCCUACAAGCAGGAGAAGCCUGUACCAGCAACCCCAGCUGUAGCUUCAAUUUCAGAAAGCUGCGCCAGUGUAUAGCAGGGAAUGGCGCUAACAAACUGGGGCAGAACGCCAAGAACCAGUGCCGGCGCACAGUGACAGAGCUGCUCUCUAGCCAGUUACAUGGCUGCAAAUGCAAACGGGGCAUGAAGAAGGAAAAGAACUGCUUGAACAUAUACUGGAGUGUCCAUCACACCCUUAUGGAAGGGGUAAAUGUGUUGGAGAGCUCACCGUAUGAGCCGUUCGUCAGGAGGUUUGACUAUGUGAGGCUGGCGUCCAUCACAGCAGGUUCUGAGAAUGAAGUGACCCAAGUCAACCGCUGCCUGGACGCGGCCAAGGCCUGUAACGUGGACGAGACCUGCCAGAAGCUACGGACCGAUUACGUCUCGUCGUGCAUUCGCCACGUGUCUCGGACUGAGCAGUGCAACCGCUCCAAGUGCCACAAGGCUCUGAGGAAAUUCUUCGACCGCGUUCCGGCCGAGUACACUAACGAGCUCCUGUUUUGCCCCUGCGAGGACACGGCCUGCGCCGAGCGGAGGCGCCAAACCAUCGUCCCAGCCUGCUCCUAUGAAUCCAAGGAGAAACCAAACUGCCUGACUCCACUGGAGACCUGCAAAGGGAACUUCAUCUGCAGGUCCCGCUUUGCUGAAUUCCAGUUCAACUGCCAGCCGUCUCUCCAGUCUGCCACUGGCUGUGCCCGGGAGAAUUAUGCAGCCUGCCUGCUGGCGUACACGGGAAUUAUAGGCAGCGCAAUCACCCCAAAUUAUGUAGACAACUCCUCGUCCAGCGUCUCCCCUUGGUGCACGUGUAAUACCAGCGGCAACCGACAGGAGGAGUGUGAGAACUUUCUCCACCUUUUCACAAAUAACAUCUGUCUCCAAAAUGCUAUUCACGCCUUUGGCAAUGGGACAAACUUGAAUCCAGUGUCAAAUCCCUCUGUUGCCUCAACGACGCCAGCGUUUAAGGAGGAGGUUCAUACAAACAAUUCCAUCCCCAUGCUGGAGGAGACUAUCUUUGUCCAGAUUCAGCCAACCAAGGUCUCUGGGGAGGAGCCUUUUUUACACGGAUCCAAUCAAAUCAAGUCCGAGGUCUCCAGUUGUCCUUCCCCUCUCUACACGUUGGCCGGAGUCGGAAGCUGCCUUCUCCUUUCCCUAUUCCUUCAGACGUUGGUGUGAAAGGGUCGGGUUGUACCAUCUAGUACCCUCACAAUACGGCUCAUAGGAGGAACAUUUCUUUUAUUUCUCAUUUCUCCAUUUUGGUUUAGGUCACAUUAACCUUAAAUACCUUCUUGUUUCUUUUCUUGUAUAUGAAAACGAUUUUUUUUUUCCGGUUGCAUUAAUCACGACGUCUCUACCAAAUUCCAACGCGACUUUCCGGCGCCGUUUAAGCCAGACUUAACCUCGAGUCGUUGGACUGCCUAGAACAAUGGCUUUCUGUUUUUUGCCAAUGGAUAACGGACAGCGGCCGAUGGCGGAACCCAGAGCUCGGAACCCGGACUGAAACCGGAUCACCGUUGAAUGAUCGGACAGUAGUAUGUAGAUAAAUGCAAACAACAAUGUCAUGAAACCCUUAUUUUCUACUUUUCUUGGGGGAAACGGGUGCGAAUACGACGUUAUCGUUCUUUUGAAUGACAAAGAGGGAGGAGCCUGUUGCCGCGACGCGUUUUUUUGAAACUUUUCCGAAACGCUUGUGUGAUUCAAAGUGAAAGUCAGGCCUUUUUCCUCCCGUGGCUCCUUAGACAAUUUCUACAUGUUAAUAACCCAGAUGCUUUGGAUUUAAUGAUAAGCCCGUCCUCUCGGUUCCCCCCGACGCUGUAGGCUUUUCAUGAGACGUUUUCUGAGAACAAUUUCUUUCUUCUCUAACAAAAUAAGGUAAAAGGACCAACACCGAGUAUGAUUUUUAUUCUAGGGAAUGUUUUUUUUCCUCUCCCCUCCCCCCCCCGGACAAUGAUAUUAAAUUGUACUAUAAUACGACACAGGGUGUGAGAUUAUUUUUAAGCCGGAAGAUGAAGUCAAUAUAUAAAAUAAACCCCAUUUUGUCCCGUGUGUGGUGAGAUGCGCUAUUGCGGGUAUUGCAGUACUGUAUGUAUUGAGAUUCACAAAUGUGCUUAUUUUUUCUAAUUCAAUAUGAAAUGCGUCAUGUAAACAGCGGCCCCGGCGGGAGGGCCCUCUCCAGCCUGUCGUGUUUACAGCAACGAAUAAAACUGCGUUAUAGAAAAACAAAA